UAAGCAAAUCCAUAAUGGCCUGUCAAUAAAGCCACCAAACUUCCAUUUUUUGCUCUCUCUUCCUCUUUUUUCCUAUACCAAAAAGCACUGAACUUCACAUUUCCCUCAUUCUCAAAGCAAUGUCUUUCCACGUUUUCUUCUUCUUUACUUUAUUACUUUUCUUGAACAAUCCACCAAAAUUACCCGCCCUUCCACUUUUACCCGAACCCGACCCGGCUGAACUCCAGUCUCAAACAUUCUUACCUUCCCCUGCACCACCAGCCACAAUUCCAGCUUUCCCGGAACAGUCAAAUGUCGCAGGCUGUCCUUUAGAUCUGCCUGAAGACCUCUACCACAACGUUAAAUCAGCUUGUGGGUCCCACAGUUAUUCGGAUCAAGCACAUAAGACCCGUUGUUGCCCCGUUUUAGCUGCCUGGCUCUUCUCAGCUUAUUCUAAAUCGGCACUUCACAGAGCCGUUACGAAAGUUCCACAAUCGAGUUCAGUUGAUAUGCCGGUGCUACCUGAUGAUUCGGAGACGUGUGUGGAUUCACUUGAAAAGGCAUUGGGAAACAGAGGGAUUGAAUUGGUGAAACCAAAUGAGACUUGUGAUGUAGUUUAUUGUUAUUGUGGAAUUAGGCUGCAUCCAUUGAGUUGUCCAGAAGCGUUUUCUGUGGAUUCACAAGGGGAAUUGGUAGGUGAUAAAAGUGUGAAGAAAUUGGAAAGAGAUUGUUUGAGUAAUAAUGGGUAUACUGGUCUUGCUGGUUGUUCCAAAUGCUUGAACAGUCUUUAUCUGCUUAGUGAGGGUAGAGUCGGAAACAAGAGCAGGUCAGAGGACAGAACUAGGAAAAUGCGCAGCAGAGAUUGCCAAUUAAUGGGUCUAACGUGGCUUCUCAACAAAAAUAGAUCGGGUUAUAUUCAUACCGUUUCUGCUGUUUUGAGGGCUCUAAUGUUGACCGAAGGCAGUUCAGAUCCGCAGUCUUGUACACUUAGCAGCGAUGGGAUGCCACUUGCUGUAGACUCGUCGGAGAUCAACGAUGAAUCUUCUGCAUUUGCUAUUCAGGCAUCACUUUAUCGGUUUAUCCAACCUUUAGUUUUAGUGUACAUAAACUUUGGUGCGUUGCUCUUCAAAUAUUAGUUAAUAGCCGGUACUUGAUCCUUGUACUAAAAAAUGUAGUUCUUGUUCAAAUGUCACGUAGGGCAAGUUCGGCCCUCUGUAUUCGUUCAUUCAGGUUAGUGAAAUUGUAAUUUUUGUGGUUGUGUAACGAUUGUUCAGCAAAUGAAUGAAGCUAUGGCUGUUCCUUGAUAA